AUGUAUCGAAACAGUCACCACCUUGUGCCAUCCCAGCUGGCACGGCAGCAUUCCCUUGGGGUUCACAAAUGCCAUGUUCCUCGGAAUGCCAUGUACUUCACAAUCGGACAUUUCUGUACUCAGAUGAGUUUGGGAAACAGUGCUAUCUCAUCAGUUCUGGCUGCAGAUGGGAAAGGAAAAAUAGGGGAACUGAGGAAUGUGAAAAGAAUGAUGGGAUUGUUGUUGUUGUUAUCUAGCCGUUUGCAGACGAAUCCAGUAAAAAUAUUUUUAAGUCAAGGAGUAAUUAUUAUAAAGCAUCUUGAAACAUCUUUUAAUGAUAACAAUAAUAAACAGGAGAAGCCAGCACGGGUGGUGUCAAAUUCAAGAUUUCUGAAUCCAUUUGUUGUCGCUUUUGUCGUGAUUGCAGGGGUGGCGAUUGUGGCAGUAGCCAUAGGUUUACUUAUUCAUUUUCUAGCUUUUGAUCGAAAAGCAUGUUUUUACCGUAGCAGCUUUCAAAUAUUAAAUGUUGAAUAUACUGAUGAGUUAAGUUCACCAGCUACACAGGAAUAUAGAACUUUGAGUGAACAAAUUGAGUCCAUGAUUACUAAUGUAUUCAAAGAAUCAAAUUUAAGAAAGCAGUUCAUCAGAGCCCAUGUUGUCAAACUGAGACAGUCUGGCAGUGGGGUGACCGCAGAUGUUGUCAUGAAGUUCCGGUUCAGCAAACGUAACGAUGGAAACUCAAUGAAAGGCAGAGUUCAAGCUGUCUUACAGAAAAUGCUGAAUAACUCAGGAGGCCUGGAAAUUCACUCCUCACCUGGGAUAACAACAAUUACAUCCCAGGAUACAGAAAAUAUUUUCACUCAAGCAUGUGGGGCCCGUCCAGACCUGUUAACACUGUCAGAAGAGAGGAUCAUUGGAGGCACUCUGGCUGAGGAUGGUGAUUGGCCCUGGCAAGUCAGUUUACAUGUCAAUAACGUCCAUCACUGUGGAGGUAUCCUGAUCAGUAACACGUGGAUCCUGACAGCAGCUCAUUGCUUCAGAAGCUACUCUAAUCCUCAACAGUGGACUGCCACCUUCGGUGCUUCCACAAUAUUUCCGAAACGUCGAGCAAGAAUAAGGACAAUUGUAGUCCAUAAUAAUUACAGAUCUGGAACCCAAGAAAAUGAUAUUGCAGUUGUGCAACUCAACACAGCUGUAACAUUCACCAAAGAUAUCCACAGCGUGUGUCUCCCAGAACCCACAAUGAAUAUAGUGCCUGGUUCCACUGCGUAUGUAACAGGAUGGGGAGCUCUUACUUACGGUGGCUUCACAGUCUCAGAUCUACGGCAAGGACAGGUCAGAAUAAUAAGUAAUACUGUGUGUAAUGCACCAACUGCUUAUAAUGGAGCUGUCCUUUCUGGAAUGCUCUGUGCUGGGGUACCUACAGGUGGAGUGGACGCAUGCCAGGGUGAUUCUGGUGGCCCACUAGUACAAGAAGACUCGCGGAGGCUUUGGUUUGUGGUGGGCAUCGUCAGCUGGGGCUAUCAGUGCGGCCUGCCAGAUAAACCCGGUGUGUAUACCCGAGUGGCAGCCUACCGCAACUGGAUUAGAGAACAAACCCGCGUGUAG